CCUUGCGGGACCUUGGAUGAAAACAUAGCAUAUACUUGUAUGUAAACAUUAUCAGAAAUAAAACCAGUACUAUAUGAAUUUUAAUUUUAUGCCUUAUUCGGGUAGAACAUGUCUAGUUCAUUCUUAAAGAAAUGCCUUCACAGAGCAACUGUUCCAUACUUUGCUCGCAGAGUAAAGUAUGCCACUGCUGUACAAGCAAAACCACAAAAGAUAGAAGUAUUCAUUGAUGACAAACCUGUUCUUGUUGAUCCAGGGACCACAGUAUUGCAGGCAGCAGCAAUGGUUGGUGUUGAAAUACCUAGGUUUUGUUAUCAUGAAAGACUUUCAAUAGCUGGCAACUGUAGAAUGUGUUUAGUGGAGGUAGAAAAAUCUCCAAAGCCUGUUGCAGCAUGUGCAAUGCCAGUAAUGAAUGGAUGGAGGGUUAAAACUAAUUCUGACAUGACACGUAAAGCAAGGGAAGGUGUUAUGGAAUUUUUAUUGGUUAAUCAUCCAUUGGAUUGUCCUAUCUGUGAUCAAGGAGGGGAAUGUGAUUUGCAGGAUGAAGCUAUGGCUUUUGGUAGCGAUCGCAGUCGUUUCCAGGAUAUAUAUUAUACUGGCAAACGUGCUGUGGAAGACAAAAAUAUUGGACCAUUAGUGAAGACAAUAAUGACAAGGUGCAUUCACUGUACACGUUGUGUACGCUUUGGCAGUGAAGUGGCUGGUGUUGAUGAUUUAGGAACUACUGGAAGAGGCAGUGAUAUGCAAAUUGGAACAUAUGUUGAGAAAGUUUUAGAAUCUGAACUUUCAGGCAAUAUUAUUGAUCUUUGUCCUGUUGGUGCAUUGACAUCUAAACCUUAUGCAUUUACUGCAAGACCUUGGGAGACUAGGAAAACCGAAUCUAUUGAUGUACUUGAUGCUGUAGGCUCUAAUAUUAUUGUUAGUACUCGUACUGGAGAAGUGUUAAAAAUCUUACCACGCCUUAAUGAGGAAGUGAAUGAAGAAUGGAUUUCUGAUAAAACUAGAUUUGCAUAUGAUGGUCUGAAAGCGCAGCGACUUAUUACACCUAUGAGUAAGCCUAAAGGUGGAAGUCUUGCAGCUUGUGACUGGGAAGAAGCAUUACUAAAAGUUUCAAAGAAACUUACAUCAGUUGCUCCUAAUGAAAUAGUGGCCUUAGCUGGAGGAUUGAUGGAUACUGAAGCUUUAGUUGCCCUAAAAGAUUUACUAAAUAAGAUUGGCUGUGAAAAUCUCUAUACUGAAGAAAAAUUCCCCACUGAUGGUUCAGGGUGUGAUUUACGAAGCAAUUAUUUAUUAAAUGGCAAAAUUAGUGGUGUGGAGCAAGCUGAUCUUCUUCUCCUUAUUGGAACUAAUCCUAGAUAUGAAGCACCUAUUUUCAAUGCUCGAAUCAGGAAAGCAUGGAUACAUAAUGAAUUAGAUGUUGCUCUUAUUGGACCAAAGCUUAAUUUGACCUAUGAAUAUGAUCACUUGGGUGACUCACCAAACUUGCUGAAAGAUAUUGCUUCUGGAAGACAUGAGUUUGCAAAAAAACUGGCUGCAGCUAAUCAUCCUAUGAUUGUCUUGGGAAGUGAGGCAUUACAAAGACCUGAUGGUGCAGCUGUUCAUGCUCUUGUGCAGCAGAUAGCUCUAAAAUAUCAAAAACAUGACUACUGGAAAACUUUGAAUAUUCUUCAUCGAGUAGCAGGGCAAGUUGGAGCUCUUGAUGUUGGUUACAAAUCAAAUCCUGAAGAGAUAGAAAAAUUACAACCUAAAGUUUUAUUUUUACUGGGUGCAGAUGAAGGCAUGAUUUCUCGAGACAAGCUACCCAAAGACUGUUUUAUUGUAUAUCAAGGACACCAUGGUGAUAAAGGAGCUGAAAUGGCUGAUGUUAUUUUGCCCGGUGCAGCAUAUACCGAGAAGCAAGCAACAUAUGUAAAUACAGAAGGCAGAGCUCAGCAGACUUUGCAAGCUGUAACACCUCCUGGCAUGGCAAAGGAAGAUUGGAAAAUAAUUAGAGCAUUAUCAGAAAUUGCUGGUCAUAAAUUACCAUAUGAUAAUAUAUCUGAAAUUAGACAUCGUAUGACUCAAAUUGCUCCUCAUCUUACUCGUUAUAAUCAAGUUGAAGAAUCGAAUUUCUUUGCUCAAAGUUCAGCUGUUAUAUCAGAUCAGCCUUUGAGUGUAGAUUCAAGUGCUUUAGAUACCACAUUAAAGUUUUUGAAAGAUUUCUAUAUGACAAAUUCAAUCAGUAGGGCUUCUGCAACCAUGGGUAAAUGUGUUCAAGCUGCAGAGAAAAUUGCAUCUUAAAUUAGAUAGCGGGAAAAUUAAUUUAUAAAUUUGUUACAGUUGGACUUGUUAGUUUGAAUUAAAUUCAAUCAAAUAUGCUCUGUGCAUCGAACUGUUGUAUUAUAAUUGUGCAGAAAUCUCUUAGAAAUAAAUCUCUUUUAAUAUUA